GUGUAGGGACUCUGUGUGCAUGUAGGGGCACGGCAGGGGUGAGGGUGUCUGGGAGUCCCCACUCCGGGCCCCGUGCGGGUGUCCGGGGGACCCUGUUGUGGGCCCGUCUUCUGUGCUUUCCGCCCACAGCAGAACCUCACUCUCAGUUGCAUCCGGCUCAGGUCACGAUCUCUCGGUUCAUGAGUUCGAGCCCCGCGUGGGGCUCUGGUUGACAGCUCAGAAUCUGGAUCCUGCUUCGGAUUGUGUGUCUCCUCUCUGUCUGCCCCUCCCCUGCUCUUAAGCUUGCUGGCCCUCCCCCCUCUCCACAUCUGUGUGUGUGUGUCUCCCUCUCUCUCUCUCAAAAAUAAGUAAACUGCGAAAAAUUCUGAAAAAGAAGUUACACUGUGUGUUCUACGUAACCUACAUCAUAUUCUACGUGAUUUUCCUCGUGGAGGGUGGCAGGAAACCUAUAAAAUCCUGCCUCUUUCCCGCGCCCCGUUGGUGAACGGGCAGAGUCACAGGACCCUCUCCCCUUUGUCUUCUGGGCUCUUAAGGGCAGAGUCGAGCUGUGGCAGGGCCGACCCGUGUUUUCGGCUGGAUUUCAGGGAGGGCGCAGCCGCUCUGGGCUCCCGGGCACCAGGCAGGGCCGCGGAGCGAGCUUGGAACAGGCUGUCUGGUGUCGGGGACAGGGAGCUCCCGUGCGAGCCCUCCCCGCCUGUGCUCAGGGGCUGGUGGCUCCCCAGGUCACUUCACGUGUCUGCCCGGAGGCUCUGUGCACCCCCACUCCCGGAACCAGCAGGGCUGUCCCCCAGAUCUCGCCUUCCCGACCUGUUUGCUCGCCACGGGACGGGGCCGCGCGGGGAGCUGGCUCCCGCCAGGCGCUCCCUGCCGUGCGGCCGGCCACCAGCCACCAGCCACCGGCCCGCGGGGAGGAGCAGCAGGGCGCCCCCUCCCCCUCCCGCGGCCAUGUGCCCUCCUCAGCCUGUGGAAUGCGGGCGGCCCCGGGCCGGCCCCCAGAGCGCCUGGCCGGCCACGCAUGGAGCGCCCUGAGCCCGGCCGCCCAGACCGUCCCGCCGGGCGCAGCCGCUACCCUGAGCCCGCCGGCCCCGGCCCGGCCCAGCCCCGAGAGCGAGAGCGAGAGCGCAGCGUGUGGCCCGGCCCCCGGCGGCCCGUGCGAGCCGACAUGCGGCUCAGGGAGCUGUCCCUGCGCCAGGACCCCGACCUGAGGCAGGAGCUGGCCUCGCUGGCCCGCGGCUGUGACUUCGUGCUGCCCUCCCGCUUCAAGAAGAGGCUGAAGGCCUUCCGGCAGGUGCAGGUUCAGACGAAGAAGGAGGAGCCCCUGCCGCCCGCCAGCAGUGAAAGCAUCCCCGCAUUCUACUUCCCUCGCGGCCGUCCCCAGGACACUGUGAACGUAGACGCGGUCAUCGCCAAGAUCGAGCGGACUUUCGCCCAGUUCCCGCACGAGAGGGCCACCGUGGAGGACAUGGGCCGCGUGGCCAAGGCCUGUGGCUGCCCACUGUACUGGAAGGGACCGCUCUUCUGCAGUGCCGGGGGAGAGCGCACGGGCUCCGUGUCCGUGCACAAGUUCGUCGCCAUGUGGAGAAAGAUCCUCCAGAACUGUCACGACGACGCGGCCAAGUUCGUCCACCUGCUCAUGAAUCCCGGAUGUAACUACCUGGUGCAGGAGGACUUCGUCCCCUUCCUACAGGACGUGGUGAACACGCACCCGGGCUUGGCCUUCCUGAAGGAGGCGUCUGAGUUCCACUCCCGCUACAUCACCACCGUCAUACAGAGGAUCUUCUACACCGUCAACAGGUCCUGGUCGGGGAGGAUCACGUGUGCGGAGCUCCGGAGAAGCACGUUCCUGCAGAACGUGGCGCUCUUGGAGGAGGAAGCAGACAUCAACCAGCUGACAGAGUAUUUCUCGUACGAGCACUUCUAUGUGAUUUACUGCAAGUUCUGGGAGCUGGACACAGACCACGACCUUCUCAUCGAUUCCCAGGACCUGGCCCGGCACAAUGACCACGCUCUGUCCACCAAGAUGAUCGAGAGGAUAUUCUCAGGGGCGGUGACCAGGGGCAGAAAAGUACAGAAGGAAGGAAAGCUCAGCUACGCCGACUUUGUCUGGUUUCUGAUCUCUGAGGAAGACAAAAAGACUCCAACCAGCAUCGAGUACUGGUUCCGCUGCAUGGACCUGGACGGGGACGGGGCCCUGUCCAUGUUCGAACUGGAGUACUUCUACGAGGAGCAGUGCCGCAGGCUGGACAGCAUGGCCAUCGAGGCCCUGCCCUUCGAGGACUGCCUGUGCCAGAUGCUGGACCUGGUGAAGCCCCAGAGCGAAGGGAAGAUCACACUCCACGACCUGAAAAACUGCAAACUGGCCCACGUGUUCUUUGACACCUUCUUCAACAUCGAGAAAUACCUGGACCACGAGCAGAAGGAACAGGUGUCGCUGCUCAGGGAGAGCGAGAGCGAGGGCGCCGAGCUCUCCGACUGGGAGAAGUACGCGGCUGAGGAGUACGACAUCCUGGUGGCCGAGGAGGCUGCGGCAGAGCCGUGGGAGGACGGGUACGAAGCCGAGCUCAGCCCCGUGGACCAGAAGCUGAGCGUCCUGAGGUCUCCGCUGGCCCAGAGGCCCUUCUUCGAGGCGCCCUCGGCCCUGGGCACCGUCGACCUGUACGAGUACGCGUGCGACGACGCUGACCUACAGCCCUCGUGACGUGCGCCCGCGGCCGGGGGUCCGGGCCAGCCGGCUGGACGCGAGGCAGCUUGUGUGUAAAAGCCAAAGCUGUUUGAUUGUUGAGCUGUCUUUUAUAGAAAAUGAAGUGAUUUGUAGGAGAUGACGAAUUUUUAUUCGACACGAAGCGGGUCACGUGGUCAUGGAGCUCCUGUCCCCGCCUGGCCAGGAGGGGCCGACCCCCGUGCAAGAACCCCUGGCUGGCGGGUCCCGCUAGCCGUCGAGUUCAGGCGUGUGGACACUUACCCGGCCUGGCCGACGGCUCCCCUCCAAAGGAGCUGCCUCGGGGUCGCGGCCGUGCGCGGACUUCUGGGUGCUGGGUGGGCCCGUGUUGUUCUCACGGAGUCGGUCGGGAACAUUCCAGAAGCCCCGGGACCUUCCGUCUCGUCUGCACGAGCAUCUCCGGGCGCGGCCCAGGCCACGACCCUCCGUGCAGGGUGUGGGAGGGUGCGCCCCCUCGAGCGUACUUACGUUUUCAUGUACGUGUACAAAACGUGUAAAGUUAACUUUUAUUUGGUGUGUAUAGCGAUUUAAAAACGUUUUACGAGAUCACGUUUGUAUUUUCAAAUAAAGAAGUUAAAGACUCUC